AUGACGACGUCCUCUUCAUCAAAGGAAGGAGCUAGUGGGACAGAUUCUAGUAUACAUAAUCCAGAGGAUGUGCUAAACAAUAUAGGAACCCACAACAAGAGGCUAGUGGCAGCGAUCGUGUCAUGCAGCUUCUCUUGGGGAUUCGGAGCCCUUUCCAUCAUGUCCAGCGCCUUAACUUCUAUAGACUAUGGCAACUGUACUGAUACUAUGCUUACAGUCACUGAUGGACUAAGAUAUAAUAAUUAA